ACAAGACGGAUUCUGAGCCUAGAACGGCACGGCUCCACAACAGUGAUGGCGGUCUCCAUGUCUAGCUCUGUCUAACUAGUUUCCCACCAUGAUUCCCAUAUUAACCGACUUGCUUUCCCAGCCUGGCGUCAUGGUGGGUAUGGGCAUAGGCCUAUGUGUAGGCUUUUUCGCCCGAGGUUCCCUCUUCACGGACACCAUCGACUACAAUGGUGGCGGCGGCGGCGACGACCACGAUGAUUCUGACGAGGACUGGGACGAGGAUGGAUUUCUUGCUGAAGAAUUGGGAGAAGUCAAGCUGGUUCUAAUUGUUCGCAAUGACCUCAAGAUGGGGAAGGGCAAAGUUGCAGCUCAGUGUUCCCAUGCAACUCUGAAAGCAUACAAGCAAACAAAAAAGAAGAAUCCCAGACUACUGAAAGCCUGGGAGAUGAAUGGACAGCCCAAGGUGGUAUUGAAAGUAGAUGAUGAACCCUCCAUGAUGGAUCUAGCUUCACUGGCCAGAGAUGCUGGGUUGACUGUGAGUAUCAUUCAGGAUGCUGGCCGUACACAAAUUGCUGCUGGGUCACGUACUGUCCUUGGCGUUGGGCCAGGUUCUAAAGAACUAGUCGACACAGUAACUGGACAUCUCAAACUUUAUUAAAUUUUAGGGAUUAAUGUUGAUUUUUUAAAAUAUAUUUAAUGUUACAAAUUUUCGGUAAUAGGAUAUUAUUAUACUGUAUCUCAACCUUUGAUUCUGUACAAAAAGCAGCUCAUUGCAUCCUAAAGAAUUCUGAACAGUUUUGAUUUAUUUCAUCUUCAUUAAAAUAUAAUCCAUUAA